AGCCAAAACCGGUAAAAAAAGAGAACCGGACGUGUUAUUGCAUCAGAAUGAUCGAUCUAGGAAAUAGCGAUACCAUGCGUAUGCAACAUCAGGGGAAAAGGGGGAAGGGAAAAGCCAAAAUGCCCCUAUAUACACCGAUCAGCCACAACAUUAAAAUCACUGACAGUUCUCAAAGCUUCCUGCCCCCAUGUUUGCAUAAGAUGUUUGGUUUACAUAAUACGCUUUUUUAAGCAUGUUCCCUCAGAAUUCAGUCAGCACUUCAUCUAUCAUUCUACCCCUCUCAGCAAAGAACUAGCGAAGAUGAACAAUGGUCAUUUGCCAUUGUUACUGGGCUUUCUGUUGUCCUUAACAGCCUGUUGCAUUUGUCUUGAAGUAGAUGAAAAUGCUGCCAUUGGUAAAAUGGCCAAUCAGUUGUCCACAUACGUUAACUAUGAUCCAUACAGAGCGAUUGAUGGGAACCACAAUGCAGACUUUGCUUACGGCUCCUGCACCCACACAAAUGAGGAAAUGAGACCCUGGUGGAGAGUCGACCUGUUUAAUGUUCACAAUAUCUCCUCUGUGGUUGUGACGAACAGAGGGGACUACUGGGCUGAAAGAAUCGACGGAGCAGAGAUUCGUAUUGGAAACUCCCUGGUAGACAAUGGCAACAGUAAUCCAUUGUGCGCUCAGAUUCCCAGCAUCCCUGCUGGGGGAACUGUAACAUAUAGCUGCCAUGGGAUGCUGGGGCGAUAUGUUAGCAUUUCACUCAGCCGAAUAGGAUUUAUAACUCUGUGUGAAGUGGAGGUCUACGCCCGUGUUGUUCAUGAAGAUGUUUGUGGAAAUCCGAUUUCGCUGCUGGGACUCUUUCGCAACAUUGACUACUCUUACACCGGAUUCCCAGGUUUUCCGCGUUGCGAUUCUGCUUGGGCCGGAAGGUGGGUGCGUUUCCAGGGGAUCGUUGGGGAUGUUAUACCCGAAUCCUGUGUUGGAGCGUGCUGCUCUGGUUCACUUUCCUCCGCUUACCUGGGGUUCACUCACCCACAACUGGGGGAGGACAUCAAAAAGGGCACCACACUUAUCAGGUCAUCAGUGAACUGCCUUGCCUCCACUGUCGAGGGGAUGCGAGUUCUGGCUUGUCCCGGAGGGUACUACGUUUACCGUCUGCCGCCUGUACUGUGUCCAGUUACCUUCGCUGUUCGUCACCGCAACUGUAUCUCAACCUCCUGUGGACCAAAUGCGGAGUGUACCAGUUCUGGAGGCUGUGUCUGCGUUCCAGGAUAUGAGAUACCUGUGAAUGCUCUGCCAACUCCAGAGUCUCUCUGUUUUGAUAUUGAUGAGUGUGAGGAUGACCCAGUCAUCUGUGGCCCCAACGCUGACUGCAUCAACACUCCUGGGAGUUACACCUGCCCCUGUCACGAGGGGUACAGUGUAAAAAUUAUGCCAGGCUCCAUAGCCAGCACCUCAAAUCCCUGUGAAGAUGUGGAUGAGUGUGUCCAAAAGCCAUGUGGCAUCAACACAGAUUGCUACAACACUGUAGGAAGCUUCUACUGCGUCUGCAUGGAAGGGUACAUUUCCUCCACUGGAUUGGUCUGGGUGUCUGGGACUAGUGUGUGCCUAAGUGCACAGGAAUACCUUGCCUCUCUAACUCCUCCAGAGGGACAGACACGUGAGAUGUUCUUCCUAAACAAUAUCAACAAGGAUUUGGAGGGCAACCCUGAUCUUGUUCUGUCUGAGGAGACAGUGGCUGCUGUCCUGAGCACGACCCUCUCCGUCACAGGCGUUAUGGAGCCAAAAGAUGGCGACUCGGAGACAGCCAACGUUGUCCUGAAAGUCUUAGAGGGGGUGGUGUCCUCCCUUUUUGACCCUGAGUCUCAGGAAAAUAAUACGGUGUCUCAGAAAACUAUGAAGACAGCAGCUGUAGAAAUGAAUUCAGUGAGCCUUAGCGGGAAUGCGACUGAGAUGCCUGCUCUCCUUGCCAAGGGAAACAUGAUGACAAUCAAUCUUGCAGCUGUUGCUAAAAAUAACAACGGAUCCGCUUCCGCUGCUCUGAUGUCCGUUGAUGGGAUGGAGAAGUUCAUGAGUCCCAGUUUCUUCAAAAGUGAAAAUAUCACAGAGAUGUAUUCUGACAUCAUCACUGCCACACUGCCUAAGACGCGACAGAAGGAGCUCCCUGAGCCAGUCAACUUCACUAUGCACCACAAGAAGGAGACGUUCCAGGCUGGGCUGGUUACCUGUGUGUACUGGAAGGAAAAUGGGAAUGAGACACACUGGUCAGAGGACGGGUGCACAGCAUCCUUCUCCAAUGAGAACCACACUGUAUGCAGCUGUACCCACCUUUCCACCUUCGCCCUCCUCCUGCAGACGGGGGGACAGGAAGAGGAUGAUCCUCUGCUGGAGAUGGUGGACCUGUUCUGUAUGUGUGUGGGUCUGGCCUUCCUCGCCCUCGCCAUCCUCACUUUCCUACUGUGCACAUGGAACCCUAAGGUCAACAACACCGCCCGCCUCCACCUCUGCAUCUGCCUCUUCUUGGGUCACCUGCUCUUCCUGGUGGGCGUGUCUCGCACUGAGAAUGCUGUGGUCUGUGCAGUCAUUGCAGGCUUUCUGCACUUCAUCUUCCUGGCGGGCUUUGUGUGGAUGUUGCUGGAGACUGUGCAGCUGUUCCUGUUGGUCAGAAGCCUGACCAAAGUAAAGGUCAUCCAGAAGGAGGGGCUGAGGCCACUGUACCUCCUGCUGAUUGGCUACGGAGCUCCCAUGGUGGUGGUGGGAGUGUCUGCUGCAGUGUUUUCAGGCGGUUAUGGCAGCAAAGACAGUUGCUGGUUAAAACAAGAAAAAAAUUUCAAUUGGAGUUUUAUUGGCCCAGUCGUUGCCAUUCUCACACUCAACUUGGUCUCAUUUGGUGUGAUCCUCUGGAGCCUACAGCCUACGCUAGCCAACAUGAAGAGUAACGUUUCCCAGUCAAAAGACACCAGACUGAUUAUCUUCAAAAUUGUCGCCCAGUUUUUUGUUUUGGGGUGCGCCUGGAUCCUGGGAUUUUUCCAGAGCAGCCCUUUGUUAAAAUACCUCUUCAUCAUCCUCAACUCACAGCAGGGCACCUUCAUCUUCAUCGUUCACUGUCUGCUCAACAAAGAGGUGCGAAAGGAGUACAGGAGGUGGUUCUCAUGUCUGUGUAGAAAAGAGGGACCGUCAGGAGACAGUGCUACUAAAGACACUGUGAGCGAUGCAUCCCAACCCACAAAAGACAUGGACAAGACUCGUCUAUGUGUUGUGCUGAAACAUGUCAAGCAACUACCACCCAACCAUGAUGCUCAGUUUUGCAGAGCUGUGACAGGUCAUGCAGACUGGCAUAGGCAUGUUAUCGAAACUUCCUGCCCCCAUGUUUGCAUAAGAUGUUUGGUUUACAUAAUAAGCUUUUUUAAGCAUGUUCCCUCAGAAUUCAGUCAGCACUUCAUCUAUCAGUCUACCCCUCUCAGCAAAGAACUAGCGAAGAUGAACAAUGGUCAUUUGCCACUGUUACUGGGCUUUCUGUUGUCCUUAACAGCCUGUUGUAUUUGUCUUGAAGCAGAAGAAAAUGUCGCCAUAGGUAAAAUGGCCAAUCAGACAUCCACACUUGGUGACUAUGGUCCAUACAGAGCGAUUGAUGGGAACCGCAAUGGAGACCUUGUUUACGGCGGCUCCUGCUCCACCACAAAUGAUAAUGAGAUGAGACCCUGGUGGAGAGUUGACCUGUUUAAUGUUCACAAUAUCUCCUCCGUGAUUGUGACGAACAGAUGGGACUGCUGUCCUGAAAGACUCAACGGAGCAGAGAUUCGUAUUGGAAACUCCCUGGUAGACAAUGGCAACAGUAAUCCAUUGUGCGCUCAGAUUCCCAGCAUCCCUGGAGGGUGGGCUGUAACAUAUAACUGUCCUGGGAUGCUGGGGCGAUAUGUUACCAUUUCACUCAACCGAACAGGAACUUUAAGUCUGUGUGAAGUAGAGGUCUACGGCCGUGUUGUUCAUGAAGAUGUUUGUGGAAAUCCGAUUUCGCUGCUGGGACUCUUUCGCAACAUUGACUACUCUUACACCGGAUUCCCAGGUUUUCCGCGUUGCGAUUCUGCUUGGGCCGGAAGGUGGGUGCGUUUCCAGGGGAUCGUUGGGGAUGUUAUACCCGAAUCCUGUGUUGGAGCGUGCUGCUCUGGUUCACUUUCCUCCGCUUACCUGGGGUUCACUCACCCACAACUGGGGGAGGACAUCAAACAGGGCACCACACUUAUCAGGUCAUCAGUGAACUGCCUUGCCUCCAUUGUCGUGGGGAUGCGAGUUCUGGCUUGUCCCGGAGGGUACUACGUUUACCGUCUGCCGCCUGUACUGUGUCCAGUUACCUUCGCUGUUCGUCACAGCAACUGUACCUCAACCUCCUGUGGGCCAAACGCGGUGUGUACCAGUGAUGGAGGCUGUGUCUGCGUUCCAGGAUAUGGGGUACCUGUGAAUGCCCUGCCAACUCCAGAGUCUCUCUGUUUUGAUAUUGAUGAGUGUGAGAAUGACCCAGUCAUCUGUGGCCCCAACGCUGACUGCAUCAACACUCCUGGGAGUUACACCUGCACCUGUCACGAGGGGUACAGUUUACAAAUUAUGCCAGGCUCCAUAGCCAGCACCUCAAAUCCCUGUGAAGAUGUGGAUGAGUGUGUCCAAAACCCAUGUGGCAUCAACACAGAUUGCUACAACACUGUAGGAAGCUUCUACUGCGUCUGCAAGGAAGGGUACAUUUCCUCUACUGGAUUGAUCUGGGUGUCUGGGACUAGUGUGUGCCAAAGUACAGAGGAAUUUCUUGCCUCUCUAACUCCUCCAGAGGGACAGACACGUGAGAUGUUCUUCCUAAACAAUAUCAACAAGGAUUUGGAGGGCAACCCUGAUCUUGUUCUGCCUGAGGAGACAGUGACUGCUGUCCUGAGCACGACCCUCUCUGUCACAGGUGUCAUAGAGCCAAAAGAUGGCAACUCGGAGACAGCCAACGUCGUCCUAAAAGUCUCAGAGGGGCUGGUGUCCUCCCUUGUUGAGCCCGAAUCUCAGAGAAAUAAUACGGUGUCUCAGAGAACUGUGCAGACAGCAGCUGUAGAAAUGAAUUUAGUGAGCCUUAGCGGGAAUGCUACUGAGACGCCUGCUCUCCUUGCCAAGGGAAACAUGAUGACAAUCAAUCUUGCAGCUGUUGCUAAAAAUAACAACGGAUCCGCUUCUGCUGUUCUGAUGUCAAUUGAUGGGAUGGAGAAGUUCAUGAGUCCCAGCUUCUUCAAAAGUGAAAAUAUCACAGAGAUGUAUUCUGACAUCAUCACUGCCACAUUGCCUAAGACAAGGCACAAGGAGCUCCCUGAGCCUGUCAACUUCACUAUGCACCACAAAAAGGAGACAUUCCAGGCUGGGCUGGUUACCUGUGCGUACUGGAAGGAAAAUGGGAAUGAGACACACUGGUCAGUGGAGGGGUGCACAGCCUCCUUCUCCAAUGAGAACUACACUGUAUGCAGCUGUACCCACCUCUCCACCUUCGCCCUCCUCCUGCAGACGGGGGAACCGGAAGAGGAUAAUUCCCUGCUGGAGAUGGUGGACCUGUUCUGUAUGUGUGUGGGUCUGGCCUUCCUCGCCCUCGCCAUCCUCACUUUCCUACUGUGCACAUGGAACCCUAAGGUCAACAACACCGCCCGCCUCCACCUCUGCAUCUGCCUCUUCUUGGGUCACCUGCUCUUCCUGGUGGGCGUGUCUCGCACGGAGAAUGCGGUGGUGUGUGCAGUCAUUGCAGGCUUGUUGCACUUCAUCUUCCUGGCGGGCUUUGUGUGGAUGUUGCUGGAGACUGUGCAGCUGUUCCUGCUGGUCAGAAGCCUGACCAAAGUAAAGGUCAUCCAGAAGGAGGGGCUGAAGACACUGUACCUCCUGCUGAUUGGCUACGGAGCUCCCAUGGUGGUGGUGGGAGUGUCUGCAGCAGUGUUUUCAGGAGGUUAUGGCAGCAAAGACGCUUGCUGGUUAAAACAAGAAAAAAAUUUCCGUUGGAGUUUUAUUGGCCCAGUGGCUGCUAUUCUCGCACUCAACUUGGUCUCAUUUGGUGUGAUCCUCUGGAGCCUACAGCCUACGCUAGCCAACAUGAAGAGUAACGUUUCCCAGUCAAAAGACACCAGACUGAUUAUCUUCAAAAUUGUUGCCCAGUUUUUUGUUUUGGGGUGUGCCUGGAUCCUGGGAUUUUUCCAGAGCAGCACUUUGUUAAAAUACCUCUUCAUCGUCCUGAACUCACAGCAGGGCACCUUCAUCUUCAUCGUUCACUGUCUGCUGAACAAAGAGGUGCGAAAGGAAUACAGGAGGUGGUUCUCAUGUCUGUGUAGAAAAGAGGGACCGUCAGGAGACAGUGCUACUAAAGACACUGUGAAUGAUGCAUCCCAACCCACAAAAGACAUGGACAAGGCAGAUCACCAUCAUCGAUAAGGAACUGAAAAAUUAAAAUUUUUAUAUGGAACUGCAAAUACACAUUAAUUCAUAAAUACUUUUAAAUAUAUCAAACAAUGGAUACUGUAGACUGAAUUAUAGUGAAUGAGAAUUUCAUGAAGUAUUUAAAGGUGAUGUGUACGUUAAAUGUUAAAUAGUUUUGUGAAGUUGAACUUGCUUUCAUCUUCCUAAACUCUGUUCAUAAGCAUUUACGUUUUGCAGUUGUGUCUUGAGUGUGGAAAUAGGGGCAUGUUCCUUAACUGGAUAGAAUACACAAAAUGAGCAGAAGUAUGUGGACACCCCUUUGUCUAGGGCUGUUUUUCAUUAUUUCGGCUAGUUCCCUUAAUUCCAGUGAAGGCAAUGUUAAUACAAUGACAUUCUAGACAAUUCUGUGUUUCCAACUUUGUGGCAACAGUUUGGAGAAGGCCCUUUCAUGUUUCAGCAUGACAAUACCCCCGAACACAGAGCGGGCCCAUAUGGAAAUAGUUUUGUAGAGAUUGGUGUGGAAGAACUUGACUGGGCUGCCCAGAGCCCUGACCUCAACCCCAUCCAACAUGUUUGGGAAAAAAUUGGAAAGCCAGCUGUGAACCAGGCCUAAUUUCCCAAUCAGAGCCAGACCUCACUAAUGCUCUUCUGGCUGAAUGGAAGCAAAUCCCUACAGAAAUCCUCCAACAUCUUGUAUAAAGCCUUCCCGAAAGAUUGGAGGUUGUUAUAGGCGCAAAGGGUGGACCAACUCCACAUUAAUGCCCUUAAUUUUGGAUGAUAUGUUCGAUAUCAGGUGUCCACAUACUUUUGGCCAUGUAGUGCAUGUAUAUAAUAUGAACAUAUGAGAGAAUUUGAUGGACAGAUAAUAGUUAUGAGACAAUAUUAAAUAUUAAAAUAAAGUCGUAUUACAUCUUAUGUGUACACAGCAGAGAAUGGUAUGCAUAGGCAGACAAUUUGGGGAAGCCUUUUUUAAAGAAGGCAUUUUACAUCUACCUGAAUAUGUUCCUUGACUGUACCCAUGGGAAAAAAGGCCACACAUUCAAGAAAAUCUCUGAGGUGACAUGUCAUCCCCUUCCUGAAUGAACCCAGCAAAGCAGGUUCGACUGGUGUCUACAGGCAGACAAUGCUUUAAGGGUCACCAUUUUUUCACAUUUAGCAGCUAUCAAAAUAUGUGACAUGACAGUAUCCAUGGAAAAUUAAUCCACACACUUACCAAAAUCUCUCAGGUGACAUGUCAUCUUAUAUUUUUACAGGAUAAAGCAUGCUUGACUGGCCUUACCAGGCAGACAAUGUUAAAGGGGUCACCAUUUUCAAUUUAACAUCGACAGAGAUAUAUAUAAUCAUUGUAUGAUUGUACAUAAGUGUUCAAUAUCAACAAAAACACCCUUUUCAUACAUAACCCCCUUGUUUGCGUGCAGAGCUUAAAAAAAUGAAGUGGAAUGUUUGAUAUCCUCUUUGUGUUUGGAAAUAUAGCAUAUGCUUAAUAAAUUUGAAGUG